AUGGCGCCAUCAUUGACGAUGCAAUUCCACUUUGUUAAGAUUGUCACAUUCUGGCUGUUUAGCAUUUCUGAGAGCGAUCUGACCACAUCCGACCCAAAGGUUUUUCUCGGAGAGGCCAAUAAGUUGCAGCUUCAGGGCAGAUUCCAGCAACCUUUCAACUCUCACAAUCCGUUCCAUGCUCAAAUGGUUGCUUCACGUCAGAUCUUCAAGACCAAGGACAGAAACUGCAUUCAUAUGGAGUUCGACCUGACAGGCUCGGGUCUUGAAUACGUCACUGGCGAUCAUGUCUCCAUCAUGCCAAUCAAUUCUGGUAUUGAAGUUGACCGCUUCCUCAGCGUGUUUGGGUUGACGUUCAAACGCGACACAGUCAUUGAUAUCGAAACGAUCGAAAAGACCGCAAAGCUGCCCUUCCCUUUUCCUACAACAUACGACACGGCUGUCCAAUACAAACGCGAAAUCGGUGCACCAGUCUCUCGGCAAUUUGUUCAGCAGCUUACUCAGUACACACCACCCUCAGAUGCCAAAGCAGAACUAGAAAAACUCGGAGCUGAUUAG